CCGCCACCCGGGGCCUGGAGCAGACUCGCGGCUGCAACCGUUCCCGGACGGGCAGUCGGGCGCUCGGCUGCCGCGUCUAGGGCUGAGCGCCGCGACGCGGCUGCUUGCUCCGAAAUCCUCCCGGAUCUUAAGGCGAAGAUAAAAUGUAUUUUUCCCACCAAAAGUAUGGAACCUCAAGGUCUUUGAGAUAAUGGAAACCAAAAAAUUGAUUGGUAAACCACUUCAACCAGCAAGACCUGUUCGUCAUCUGACUUCUCCCCCUGGAACAGUAUUCCAUUUCAACUUCCAAAACGAAUAUCCAUGCAACACCCAGUACUUACAAAGUGGAGUUAGCAGAUGUAAGACGAAUGGAAUGCAAGCCUUUUCUCAAGGUCUUAAUGAACAACAACAUCAGUCUCCAGUUAAAAAAGAGAGAAUCAAAUACAGCAGAGAUUUCCUGUUGAAGCUCUCAAGUGUUUCCAUCUGCAGAAAAAAACCAGACUUUCUGCCUGAUCAUCCCAUUGUACUUCAAAAACCAGAAAACAACCAAAGCUUUAAGUAGCAUUUUAAGAACAUAUGUAUUUGAAGAUAAAGAAUUAUUAAUUUUAUAUUUUGGACACCUGCAAAUGAAGUAGAUCUAGUAACAAUAACUGUAAUGGACUGUAACAAUUCAAUUUAUUUUUAAUUUUGAUGGUUGGGUAUUUGGUUUCUCCUAAAAUGAGAAAGAGAUAUUUUAAACUCUAAAGAAUUUUCUAAUCAGUUUCAGCUUUGCAGGCAGUUUCCUGCAUAAAUUGGGAGUAACACUGGAAAGUAGGAAUUUGGUUAGUGAAAUGGGAAGACUGUAUUUAUAAUUUGCAUGCUACUUGCAAUUUUUGUUUUUCAUCACUUGUAAUAAUGGAAUGGAAAUGCAAGCUGUAAAGAUUCUCAAAUAUAAAGUAUAUGCUACGAUGUAUAUAUGAUACAUAA